AACCUGGCAACACACACUUCCUCCUCAGUUGGAUUUAAAGCGGGAAAUGGAGGUUAUCCGACAGAGAAACUUUCCUCCAGCUGUUUAAACAAGUGGAAAACAGCUGGUUAGCGCUUCCCAGUGCUAACACACAUGCUAACGCGGCUCCGGGGACAUUAUUUUUACGUUAGCCGGCGAAGUAACGCAACGUAAGGAAAGCAGGUAACCGAGAACAAAGCUGCCUGUCUGUCCUGGAAUCACCGUGAACCUCCUCAAAACAACGCGUCUCCUCCUCCGUGGCAUGUUGACUCGAGACCGAGGGAGAAGAGCGACGUUUGAGUCUCAAUGAAGGAGAGUGACAUGAAGCCCAAACGCAUCCAGAGGCACAGAGGAGCCAACUGUCGAGGAAAGAGCGUCGACACUGGUGAAACAACAACUCUGAGCCAAGCUAAGCCACCGUCACUCGUGUCCUCUUCUGCUCGAAACAAGCCUUUUGCCGGGAAAGUGUUUUACCUGGACCUGCCGUCAAACAGAACAGCAGAGGCGCUGGAGAGGGACAUUAAACAGCUGGGAGGGAUUGUUGAGAAGUUCUUCAGUAAGGAAAUCAAAUAUCUGGUAUCCAACAAGAGGGAGGCCCGAUAUGUGCAGUGCCUCAGGCAGGACUCCCCUGUCCCCAGCCCGGACUCCGGACCGAGUUCACCUCACCCUCGCUCAAACCCGCACCGACCUGGCAGCCACGGGGACAACAUGAAAAGCAGGUCUCAGGGUCAAACAGACACAUUGGUCACAAGUCGAGGUAAAUCUUUGGUGGAGAGAGUGGUGAAAGAGCAGGAGAGGAUACAGAUGAACAAGAUCCUGUCAAAUGCUCUCGAUUGGGGUGUGAAAAUCCUCUACAUAGAUGAUGUAAUGGCGUAUGUUAAGAAGAGAAAAAAGCUUUUCGGUAGCCAGUGUCCUGCGACCUCUGCUGCCAGAACAAUUGUUAAAGCUGGGUCAGCAUCCAGGCAAGGCUUUCAGAAAUGCAGAGGUGGACGAAUCGGUAAACCUUUUGUCAAGGUUGAGGAUUCAAGCAGACACUACCGUCCAAUCUACCUCACAAUGUCCAACAUGCCUGAGUUCAACCUGAAGACUGUCCCUCCCUGUAGUCCCUUCAAUAUCCAGGACAAGAAUUCUCCUGGGAACAAACCGGAAGGACAAAGAGGAGCGAAAGCCUCAGCUAGUGAGGACAGAGCUCACGGCCGAAAGAAGAACAGGGACAAGAAACGAGGCGGCUACUGCGAGUGCUGUAUGGUCAAAUACGAAAACCUCACAAUGCAUCUACAGAGUGUCCGUCAUAAGGCUUUCUCCAAAAGCGAUGAGUACUUGGUUGUGGACAGACAGGUUUCAACACUCCCCUGCAACUUCACCCACAUCAAUACUAAAGUUAAACGACCAAAGUGCAGUGUUUCCUCUGUCCUGGUUGCUCCUGGACCUUGUGGGGAAACUGAGCUAAGGCACAGGGGAGAUGUUGUUACUGCAGAGACUGUUAAAGGGGAACAGCAACAGACUGUUGAAGUGGAAUCUUAUUCAGGACACGCUCAAAAAAUCAGAUCAGUUCCUGAUUUUGCUCGUCUGGCUCACAGGGAGAGUGACUGGAGGAGCUGUCGCACUUACUCAGAGAGAUCCAAGGCCAAGUCUCUCGCACUUAAACGUGUGUGCAGACAGAAUUCUUUGACUUCUUGCUCACACAAAGCUGCGCAAACUCACAUUCCUCAACCCAAGAGGGACACAGUCUCCUCUGCAGGUGAACGCCUUGAAGUUUGUCCCUCCAGAGUUCCUCAGGACGACUCAGUGGACCUAAUAUCUCACAUAGACAAGAACAGCAUGUCCUCAUGCUCCCAUAACAUUGAUGCACAGAAUUAUUCCUCAAAAAGCCUCAAUGUUGUGACAAAUCAGCAAGAGCAGUCUGAUACCAACAUGGAUGUGUUACCGUUUGAAGCUGUGCAGGAUGGAAGCAUAUUUCCUCACAAAAUGACUGAAAACCACUUAUCAGAAAACACAGAGGGACAGCUUCCUCCACAAAACGUCUCUCCAGCCUGGAAAAUACAGAGAAAAGUCAGAGCUUAUAAACGCAGAAGACGAAAAGUUGACUCCAACAUUGAACACAAAAAGCCGAGCGAAUCUCCUGACAACUCCGUGCUGAAGCUGUGGGAGCUUUUCCAGUCAAGUGAUGACAUGGACGUGGAGUUUCCUGGAUUUGAGGACUAAGAGCUAAUGAUCUGAUGGACUAUCAUUGUCAUUUCCAAUUACACCACUGUCAUACACUAGAAAACCAGCUGUAACAUUUUGUUCAUAUCAUAGUAAGAGGAAAGGUUUUCCCAUGAAUUAUAAUUUUGCACAUGUUAAUUACAUGUAUUUUGACAUCUGUUUACUUUGGAAAUUAAAGAUGUGUAUGCAGAGAUAAUAUUCCCAUGACCAUAACAUUUGGCUUGAUAUUGAGAAGCAAGCAUUUGGCUAAUAACAUUGUUGUUUUGCUCGUUCAUUGUUGACUGAAAUAUAAAUUAUUUGCCCACUCGAUAUACGUUUCCACACCCUUGGAAUCAUUUCAUAAGAAAUAAUUUAUCCUUCUUUCACCCAUUGUUCUGGAGCAUGAAACACCCAAACUAUAAAAUACCAUCGAAAAGUUUUAAUGGGACUUAAUUGAAAACAAUUUAAUUGGAAAACUUUUACCUGUAGAAUCUGUGAGACAAUAAUAAUUUCACUCUGCAUACAUGCUGACUAAUUACUGGAUGUUGUUCAAUUACAUGUGCAUCAGAUUGAAAACAAAAGCCUUGAUGGCUACAUAUUCCACAGUAAUUUGAUGAAAGAGGACUUGAGACUUCCCAGACAUGAGGAACAGAUUGCAUUUCUAUCAUAAAAUACAUAUACUUAUGUAUUCUAAUGUGAAUGACCUGUUGGUGGGACAUGUGGUACUUGACAUUAUGUGACAUUUAAGGAUUCAACCUAAGUGCACUUUCCAUGAGCAGCCUUCAUGUGGUUUUUCCUGAUGCAUUAGCUCAGCGUCUCCCUUUUCUCUGCGUUUAGUGCAUUAGCACUGGCCUGUGUUCUCCCUCCUUGCUCUCAAAUGAAUGCACUGGGUCAAGUGGGAGUCUCUGUGCCUCUGACAUUAAGGAAAAAUACAUCAGCAACAAUGUGUUCUGAGGCAUAAGCACAGUGUUACUGCAAAUAAAGGCAAUGCUGAGUGAA